AUGAGCGCUUCUGUGUCCGUGUACAGGAAUAUUUACACGGAGGACCGCUUUAAACAGGCCUACGGUUCCGAUGAUACCACGAGUGGAAGUGUGCGGCUCCGGGAGAAGCUCGCCGGGAGGUGCAGGUGUUCAAGGCGAGCAUGCCUUCACCUGUUGAGGGACAGAGUGCCCAUUUUUAACUGGCUGCCAAGAUACAGACUAAAGAAAUGGAUACUAGGAGAUACUAUAGGGGGACUGACAGUUGGUAUUCUUCACAUUCCGCAAGGCAUGGCCUUCGCGUUACUCACAUCCGUAGCACCGAUAUUUGGCCUUUACACCUCUUUCUUUCCUGUGGUUCUCUAUAUGUUUUUUGGCACAGGUCGCCAUGUGUCCACAGGUACCUUUGCUGUGGUGAGUCUGAUGACUGGUUCUGUGGUGGAGCAGCUGGUUCCCACUCCUCUGGAGAUGAACUCAAGUUCACCUGAAGCGGCCGACUUUGAGGCCCAGAGGAUUGGAGUUGCGUCAGCUGUAGCACUCCUCUCAGGAAUUAUUAUGCUCUGUAUGUUUGGCCUUCAGCUAGGCUUCCUCUCCACCUAUCUGUCAGAGCCAAUAGUUAAGGCUUUCACCAGUGCUGCUGCCUUCCAUGUUACUGUCUCACAGCUGCAAAGCAUGCUGGGGCUGCGGCUCCCUCGGCACACUGGGACUUUCUCCCUCUUCAAGAUGUUAGCGUCAGUGAUGGAGAACCUGCCUCACACCAACAUGGCCGAGCUGCUGAUCUCCUUGGUGUGUUUGGCUGUUCUCGUGCCAGUUAAGGAGAUCAACAUGCGUUACAGACAGCACCUGCGUACACCUAUCCCUGUGGAGAUCCUCACGGUGAUUAUUGCUACAGGUGUGGCCUAUGCCUCCUCGCUGGACUCUACUUACAACAUUGAGAUAGUUGGCCAUAUCCCAGCUGGAUUCCCGAGUCCACGGAUGCCCAAUUUGAGCACUUUCCCCGACAUUGCUGGAGACACAGUAGCCAUAACAUUUGUCGGUUAUGCUGUGUCGGUCUCUCUGGCAAUGAUCUAUGCCGAUAAACAUGGAUAUUCCAUACAUCCCAACCAGGAGCUCCUGGCUCACGGUAUCUCCAACACAGUGUCUUCUUUCUUCACAUGCUUCCCCAGCUCAGCCACUCUUGCCACCACUAAUAUACUCGAGAGUGCUGGAGGAUACACGCAGCUCUCUGGCUUGUUCACAAGUCUGGUUGUUCUGAUUGUCCUGCUUCUGAUUGGACCGUUGUUCUACUUCCUACCAAAGGCAGUGUUGGCAUGUAUCAACGUCACCAGCCUCAGGCAGAUGUUCCUGCAGUUCCAGGACUUACCUGAACUGUGGAGAAUCAGCAAGAUUGACUUUAUGGUUUGGGUGGUAACCUGGCUCUCUGUAGUGGUCCUCAACGUGGAUCUUGGCCUCGCCAUCGGAGUAGUUUUCUCUAUGAUGACCGUCAUCUGCCGAACACAAAGGGCUGGUUGUUCAGUGCUUGGUCGGGCUAGCAACACCGAAAUUUAUAGACCUCUAGAGAACCACAGCAAGUGCUACGAGGUACCUGGAGUGAAGAUCCUGACUUACAACGGCCCUAUUUACUACGGCAACCGUAGCUUCUUCAGGGAGGAGAUGAGCAGGCUGCUGGGCCUGACGCCAGAGAAGCUCCGCAGCUGGGAGAAAGCCAGAAAGGCCCUGGAGAAGAGGGAGAGAGAGGCCACCGUUAGCACUGUGGAACGAGGAGUCGCAAACACAUCGUUUUCUUCAGAAAAUGAGUUCUUUAAAUCUGAAAACUCCAAGAGUGAUGUUCAGGCGGUGCUAAUCGAUUGCAGCAGUGUGACAUUUGUGGAUGUUGCUGGAGCAAGACUCUUCACACAGAUGUGUACUGAUUGCCACAAAGUUGGAGUUCAUGUAUAUUUGGCAAACUGCAAUGAGAGUGUCUUAAAGAUCCUAACAUCAAGUGGUCUAAUGACCCACAUGAACCCUCAGCAUAUUUUCGUUACUGUUCAUGAUGCAGUGAUGUAUAUUCAACAACAGAAGGAUAAACCUCCAGAGAACACCACGACUGUCUGGGUAUGA